CCGGCGGCCGGGGCCGCGGAGCGGGCCUGAUCGCAGAGCGGAGGAUCGGCGGAGCUGCUGGCCGGGGAGGCGGAGGUCGGGGAGAGACGCACAAGGAGGCUCCGGGAGCAAGCCAGGCAUACAGGGUCAGGCCCGGGACUUGGGAAAAAAUCCGGGGAGUAGAGAAGAAGGAUCAUCUCUAAGUUCUUUAUUUUUACUUUUGAGUUCAUUUUCACCGGCAGCUUCCUUCUCAUCUACACUACCCAUCAUCCAACGCCACCCAUAAGCCCGUAAGACUCUCAACGAUGCCGUCCAACACUGUCACCAACACCAACACCACUGCAUUCAAAGGCUCAGACUUUGCUGAUUCACCUGGAAACAGAAUGGGAGAGACUACAAUACUGGACAUGGACCUGAUGGAGGAGGAGAAUCCGACUUUAAGUAGUGCCUGUUUUAAACCUGGCAAGCUGGGAAGAAAGCGGAAACUUCCAGUUGAGAGCUGUGACAGCGUCGGCCACGUCUACGACGGCGUAUGCAGGCCGCCCAUGGCACAAGUCCACAACGGAGACAUGGGCGGACAUAGAGACAGGAUGCCCGAUGCCUGCUUCCCCAAACAGGGGAAGAGGGAAGUGGAGAAUGGGAUCCCCCGAGACCUCUCCUCCUGCCAGGCGGAGGACAGCUCCCAGCGCCGGAGCCGGAGCCGCAGCCGGAGCCUGAGCCGGAGCCGGAGCCCCUCUCAAGAGAACGGAUUCCUGGCCAGCCGGGAGGAGCCGGACUCAGAGAAGGACAAGGACGACGGUCUGAUGAUGCCGAGCAAGAAGAGAGGCAGACGGAAACUGGAGCGCCCAACCAAAUAUGUGGAGCACAAGGACGAGGACGGGAGCGAUGCAGUCAAGACCGAGGGAGAUCGAGGCAGGAUGCGAGGGGGAGUUGGUUGGGAGAUCAGCCUUCGUCAGAGGCCCAUGCCCAGAAUUACCUUCCAGGCUGGUGACCCUUAUUACAUUAGCAAGCGGACCAGAGAGGAGUGGCUGGCCAAGUGGAAGAUGGAGGCUGAGAAGAAGGCCAAACUGAUGUCAGCGAUGAGCGCCUUGAAGAAUCACGAGGAGGAUGAAGCGGAGACGGAGAAAGAAGACGUCUCAAUAAUCAAACACCUGCAGCCUUCAAAGCAACAGCAACAAACUCAGCCUCAGCCCAAGACUCAGUCUCAUCCGCUGCCUCCGUGUCAACAUCAGUCGCAGCCGCCACCGCCGCUGCCUAAGCAGCAGCAGCAGUUGCAGCAGCAUAAGCAGGCGCCUCCGCAGCUGCAGCCUCCAAAGCUGCAACCUCCGCAGCUGCAACCUCCACAGCUGCAGCCUCCACAGCUGCAACCUCCGCAGCUGCAGCCCCCACAGCUGCAGCCUCCGCAGCUGCAGCCUCCGCAGCAGCAGCAGCCGACCGACCCGGCUUCCCCCACUGUCGCCACCACACCGGAGCCCAUCGCCAUCGGAGGAGAAGACAAAGAUUCCUCCAAGUCUGCAGACAAUGAGCCAGAGUACGAGGACGGUCGUGGUUUUGGCAUCGGCGAGCUGGUUUGGGGGAAGCUGCGAGGUUUCUCGUGGUGGCCAGGCCGCAUCGUAUCCUGGUGGAUGACGGGCCGGAGCAGAGCUGCUGAGGGAACCAGAUGGGUCAUGUGGUUUGGGGAUGGAAAAUUCUCAGUGGUCUGUAUAGAGAAACUCAUGCCUUUAAGCUCCUUUAAUAAUGCCUUUCACCAAUCGACUUACAACAAGCAGCCCAUGUACAAGAAAGCUAUCUACGAGGUGCUACAGGUGGCUAGCAGCCGGGCAGGAAAAGUCUUCAUGAAAUGCCCCGACAGCGAUGAGACGGAGACCUCCAAAUCAGUAGAAAUGCUGAACAAGCAGAUGAUCGAGUGGGCCAUGUCGGGAUUUCAACCCACUGGACCUAAAGGCUUGGAGCCGCCAGAAGAGGAGCGUAACCCAUACAAGGAGGUUUACCCGGAGGUUUGGGUGGAGCCGGAAGCAGCAGCCUACACGCCUCCUCCCGCCAAGAAGCCACGCAAAAACACGGCAGAAAAACCCAAGGUCAAGGAGAUCGUUGACGAGAGGACAAGAGAGCGGCUUGUUUACGAAGUGAGACAAAAGUGCCGCAGCAUCGAAGACAUCUGCAUCUCUUGUGGAAGUCUGAGUGUCAGCCUUAAACACCCUUUAUUUGCUGGAGGAAUGUGCCAGAGCUGCAAGAACUGCUUCCUCGAGUGUGCGUAUCAAUACGACGACGACGGGUAUCAGUCAUACUGCACUAUCUGCUGCGGCGGGCGAGAGGUGCUCAUGUGCGGAAACAACAACUGCUGUCGGUGCUUCUGCGUGGAGUGUGUGGACCUCCUGGUCGGCCAAGGCGCUGCCCACGCCGCCAUCAAAGAGGACCCGUGGAACUGCUACAUGUGCGGUCCGAAGGGCGCGUUGGGCCUGUUGGAUCGCCGCACCGACUGGCCCACCCGUCUGCAGCACUUCUUUGCUAAUAAUCACGAGCAAGAGUUUGAUCCACCAAAGCUUUACCCCCCGGUCAUGGCGGAGAAGAGGAAGCCCAUUCGUGUCCUGUCGCUGUUUGACGGAAUAGCAACAGGACUGCUGGUGUUGAAAGACCUUGGCAUCCAAGUGGAUCGCUACGUCGCUUCUGAAGUGUGCGAGGACUCCAUCACAGUGGGCAUCGUCCGGCAUCAGGGUAAAAUCAUGUACGUCGGGGACGUGAGGAACGUCACGCGGAAACACAUUCAGGAGUGGGGUCCCUUUGACCUCGUUAUCGGUGGAAGCCCAUGCAACGACCUCUCGAUAGUUAAUCCCGCGAGGAAGGGUCUCUAUGAAGGCACCGGGCGCCUUUUCUUUGAGUUUUACCGGCUGCUCCACGAGGCUCGGCCGAAGGAAGGAGACAACAGGCCUUUCUUCUGGCUCUUUGAGAACGUGGUCUCCAUGGGCGUCAGCGACAAGAGGGACAUAUCUCGCUUCUUAGAGUGCAACCCGGUGAUGAUCGAUGCCAAGGAGGUUUCCGCUGCCCACCGUGCCCGUUACUUCUGGGGUAACCUUCCAGGCAUGAACAGGCCUCUGAGUGCCAUAUGCAAUGAAAAGCUCUCCCUCCAGGGCUGCUUGGAACACGGCAGGAAAGCCAAGUUCGAAAAAGUGAGGACCAUCACUACCAGGUCCAACUCCAUCAAGCAGGGCAAGGACCAGCACUUCCCCGUCUACAUGAACGAGAAGGAGGACAUCCUGUGGUGCACUGAGAUGGAGAGGAUCUUCGGCUUCCCUGUCCACUACACGGAUGUGUCCAACAUGAGCCGGCUGGCGAGGCAGCGGCUCCUCGGCAGAUCGUGGAGCGUCCCGGUUAUCCGCCACCUUUUUGCACCACUUAAAGAUUACUUUGCGUGCUUCUGAGCCGCCGGGAAGGAGCCGCCGGGAGCCGCUAAGGAACGACAACUGUACGUUGCGACUAGAAAUAAGAGCCUUGAUCCUCGAAUUAUACUCCGGUAUAAUUUGUAAGCGAAACGUAGAUUUCACAUUAUUUCUUGUAUUUGAAUUGCAAUUUUUUUUUUUUUUUUUUAAUUCUAUUUAAUUUUUAUGUCAUUUUUACCUUUUAGCAGUGUUAUCAAGGAUUGUUGAUUUGUUUGUGCAGGCUAUACUUGAGACUAUGCUUUCUUUUCAAGACACUGACACAGAGGUGCUAAACAGGUAAAAAGCUGAGGGGAGUUUGAUGGGAAACAUCGGCGAGAAAGAGAGAGGGGAGGGGUGGGGGGUGGGUCUUUUUUCAUUUUUAAAGAUAUGUGAAAUACUUUUGCCUCGUGAACGUACUGUACGUCGGAGCUGCGAGGCGACGCCUCCAGCUGCUGAGCUUCGCAGAGAUGAGGAGGAGAGGAUUUCCGUCAGUGUCGGGAGAGCCGUGUCUCUGAGAAUCCAAAACACCUGAUCACAUAUACCUCUUUGUUUACAGUUUCUAUACACAACUGAAGGUAAUAAAAGGUACUACUGUAAUAUGGUUACAAUACCAUGGUGCUUCAAGAUGAUGAAAAACAUCAUGGCCCAUGUGGCACUACAACUUUAGACAACACAGAGCUCUUCAAUCUGUUGCUGGACAAAAACAAAAACAAAAAAAAGUAAUUAUGUUUGACGUUUUUUACAUUUAAUGGAGAAAAAAAAAAACAACCCAGUUUUUGUUUCCACUGUUUGCAGCUCAGAGCUUGUCCUCUUUUACAGCUUUUAUACCGUUUCUACUGGUGCUCGUUUGAUCUCUCAGCCUCUCGGGCUCUCAGGCCCGGAUCUGCACAAACUGAGUGAAGCUAAGCCGCAUGGGAAAUGAUGUUUUCAGUCAUUCAAAAACGAAAAACAAAAAAAAAACAAAAAAAAAACAAAUAACUUUAAGAUCAAAGUCUGUGGUGAGCUACUUUUUUCUAAUUUCAUCCUGACCAGCGAUAUUACUGUACAACUGUCUGUGGUUGCAGGAGGGAGGCCGGCGGAGUCGGGCCUCCGUCCUCCUCAACAUCCACCUCUCUAAACUGAAAAAAAAAACAAAACUGUCAGGUGCAAAUCCUCAACAACAUGGUGCGGCUUCACAAAGUUCUUCUACCUUUUUAUAGCAAUUUUGUGCUGUUUUAUCAACAUUAUAAAGCACUUUUAUAUGUAUACUUUCUUUUUUUCUUUUGUGUUAAAUAUUGGUUCUUGUGAAUCUUUGUUUUUUUUUUUUAGUUUAUGAUGUGAACUGUUCUACCCUCGUGUAAUACUUUUUGUAUACAAAGUAGGGCUGUGCCAAUAGAAGUACACGUAUGGCUUUUGAUAUGUGAAACCUGUUAUAUGACUGUGUACAGUAGGUGGAUUGACAUUUUUAAUCACCAAGCUUCUUUCCUGUCCGCCAUCAUCCACAUUGUUCCUUAUUUUGAAGCAGCAACGAUUGUAAGGUGUAAGACAGAGUUCGAGGACUGUGUCGUCUGCUUUGUGUAAUGUUUUGUCCCCUGUGAAGGACACUUGGGCCUCUGCUUUCCCCCUGAUAAAUAGUCUCAUUGGUACAUUUUAGACCCGUCUGCAACCAAUCAAAUCGGGGCAGGGGCAGGGCUUUAUGCGAUGGCCUCUUAACAGUAGCAUCCAAAAACAAACAUUUAGCUGCAAAAAUAUGCUGAAGAUGAUGCAACACGAUUCAACUGCACGCCUUUCAGUGGGCGGGGCUUUGGGCGGGCCCUCUAGUCUAAAAGUCCAAUCCAGAGGAACCGGACCGGUUCUUCGCACUAAAGAUGAAAAUAAUGACUUUUUGUCGGAUCAGAAGAUAAAACAAAGAGAUCAGAGAUAAAUGAAGAAUUGAAGUUUCGUCAAAACAAAAAACUGACAGCAUCAUCAGCACUCAAAGAACAAAGAGGCUAAAAGAAGCAGAUGUUAUUUCUUAUAUAUAUAUCAUAUUUAAGAUUAAAAAAUUUGAAAUUUAAUUUCUUGAUGUACUUAGUUUCUUAAGUGACCUUAUUGCCAUCGUUUUUCUGUCCACGACGAUCUCAUUCUCCCUCCUCCAACACCCAGCAUCCCUUCAUGUUUGUACAUUUUGUACAUAGAGUUUUCAGGUUUUAAAGUUGCUUUUUGUUUGUUUGUUUCACAUGUGAUGUACAAAUAUAAUUCUUUGCUAAUAUAUAUCAUCAAAAAAAAAUGUUAGGGGGGGAAAAGUAAAAAAAAAUGGGAUGAGAAAUCUGAAGUUGCUUUAAGCACUAGAUGUACUCCGAUCAGCUUUUUCAUCCCGGUCCGUCGGUGUCAAGUGAAUCCAGAUGUUGAGUCUUGUGAGCGUCUUAUGGACAACUUUUAAGAGGAACGGUUUCAGCUUCGCUGCGCAGCCCUACACGGCGGUGUGUACAUUUAAAUUUCUGUUUUUUUUUUGUUGUUCUGCUUCUGUUUCCUUUUGUAAGGCUUUAAAAAGAGGGUUUGCAGGUGUUUCCGAUGGUGCUAAACAUUUUAUCUAAUCAAGAAAACUUUUAAAAACAAAAAAAAACAGCAUAUAUAUUUGAUUGGAAGAGAAAUAAAACAUGUCCUGACCAUGACUGUUUUCAGUUCCUUGUAGUAAUGCAGAAGAACUAUUAUUUCACUCAUAUAAUUAUAUUAACAAAGGCAUUUUAACUUUGUACUUGAAAAAAAAAUAAGGAUAAGAAAUAAUGAAAAGGUAUCCUAUAUUGUUUUAGACUAGAGAUUGCUGUAGUUGGUGCUUAUCUGUGGGAAAAUCGUGUGAAAUGGUAAUAACUUUUACUGUAGCAUACUGUAUGCUUUUACACGCAUCGCUUCUUUAUCCUACAUUCCACGCCGUACUUUUUCUCCGUAUCUGUUUCCAGGAUGUCGCCUGGAAUUGAAGCCUAUUUUGUUUUCGUUUGUUUUCAUCAGCAGCAUCUUUUCAUUUUACUGUCGGAGGCAGGUCAAUGAUUCGAUAUCUGGGUUAUGCUGCUGACGCUCUCUGUGACUUUUGGUUCUUUCAUAACUGUUUUUUUUUUUUGGCCUUUAUGAUUUUCCUCAAGACCAGUUUGUACAGCAAAUGUAGCAGUCAUUCUCCACUUUGACCCCUGACCCCCCCUCCCCAUACUUAUGUUUAGUGUCCAGAGAGAAGAUAAAAGGCUCCAUAUGUACUUGUGCUGGAGAACACUUGAAUAAAUGUCUUGUUUUUGUGCAAAACAAAAAGUCUGCCAA